AUGUUGAGCCCUUGCACCUAUCGGGCUGCCCUGCUUGACCUGCUCACGUCUCCGGCAGCUGAGCCACAGGGAAUGAAGAAUGACAGAGUGGGGAUGCAAGUAAAUCAUAUGCAUGCCGACCUCGCACAGGCACGGCAUCCGUACGACCCCUCACUGCGACUGACUCACCGAAGUACGCCAUCGUUCGUGGAACAGGAGGAAGAGCGAGUAGUUGACAACACGAUGCCGGCAACCUCGACGGCGGCAGCAGCAGCACCGCCAGCCCCCUCUUUCCCUCUUGUCGCCUUCGCGAACGGCACUCCUUCUAUAUCAGCUAGCCACCGUGUGAUUGAGGACAGCGUGCUUCGUCCAGGGAAACCGCAGGCGCGUGUGCACUCCGCUUCGAGUCAUGGGCGCACUACAAUACACAAGGGCGUGAUCGAUCAGCCGAGCGUUGAUGUGGCAGUUGUGGAGGAAGAGAAGCACCGCUCUCUGAUCCUGAGCUUCAUCGACAACUGCAUCUGCACCGGUGUGCCAGAUGCUGUGAUCGCGGAGCAGGUGCAAUUCAUGGUGUCCUCAAUGAAGGAGUCCCUUGCUCUUCAUGCCGCUCUGCACGCGCGACAGCACAAGGACCGCAUUCGAGAGUACGAGCUGAAUGAAUUGACGGCGGUGUUGGAGCGUCAGCAGCUGCAGUUUGCACAGCAGCAGCAGCAGCAGGUGGCACCACCUGUGCUAGUAUCUGCCCCUUCCCUCUACUCAUCCUCCCGAGUGCUCGCCCCGCCUCCACCACUGAGUUACGCGCCUCCACAGCAUCAUGAGCGGAUGGGGCACUUGACAGCUCAGAGGACGGUAGGCGCGAAGCCGUUCCACUACACGUCCAUCUCUCAAGGACUUUCAAGCGAUGCAUGGUCGACCUCGGCUACCACACAUCAAUCUGGGCAACACAGUGCCGAUAACUGGCGGCCCUUACCGUCGUCUCAGCGCACGCAGAGUCAGGCAGAGCCCAAUGUGCAUGCUAGCGCUGGAGGUUCGCCGGUAAUUCCCGUCUCUUCCUGGCGUCCGCGCACGUCAACUCACGCCUCAGCUACAGAGACGCCAACGGCCUCGGCUGCGCGACCUACGAAGGACUCCAGCAGUGAUGCAGACGCAGCGAGUAGCAGCACUGGUCACGCCUAUGCACAGCCCCGCACCUGGUCGCCACUUUCGCGUCCCACCUCCGCAUCACGUCGAUCGCCUCACGCACGCGGUACAUCGUGCCGCCACUACCAUCGCCGUCACAGCCGUCAUCACAAGCUAUGCAGUGCGUGCGAUUCAACCUCGUCAUCAUCACGCCCCUCUGCAACUGUUACUGCACACGCGGCGGUUGUGGCUGACUAUCCCGUCGAUGAUAGGUCCGCUGGCCAGCGGCGCAGCGCAGCUACGAAGUGGCGGCAACAGUACGCCCCCUCGCAGCAUUACAUGAAGCCGACGCACACCAGUUUGGUACGGCUGGAGUCAAAGUCGCUGCCGCUGUCGCCCCUACGCAACACCUCGCCAGUGGCAGCCCACAGUCUUCGUGGCGGGGGGCACGUCAAGCCUGCGACGUUGCGGUGGCGAAGCAGCGACCACUCCCCGCUCGCUAGGCCUGGAGCCGCGUCUGAAGUUGUAGGACACCGCGCAGCGCUGCAGAAACUGCUUGUUCGAUCGACCCACAGCAGCCGCCUUCGCGCGGCGGCAGCCUCGCGGCGGCAAACUGCGCCCUCGCGGUCGGGGUCAACAACAUCGUGCGUUGAUGAGGACGGCAAUGGAGAAAAGUCAAACGAGUUCGACGUGAGCACCACCGCUGCGUCGGUGCCAGUGCUGAGGUGUCGGGAAAGUGUGGAUCGUCGAGGCGACUCGGACACACCCCAUGCUCAGUCAUCCGUCGCAACGAGCGUAGGUGCAGUGACAGAUGGCUCCCUUCGUGCUACUCUGGCGCGGAUGCGGAAUUCGGUGGUGCGUGUCGAUCCUUGGUCGAAGACACCGCCUCCGCCCCACUCUCCUAGUGCGUGGGGCGCCAAUACCUCCCGUAUACAUGCUGGCCUCUCCAUCGACCCCGAGACGCCUCUCACCACCACUGGCAGCACCUGCAGCAACAGGGCCGGGGAGGUGGGAAUGACGGCAAAUGGUACCGUCCUGACGAACACUGCGUCAACGCGAGGCGGCAGCGAAAAGCUCUCAGCUUGUUCAAGGGCGGCAUCGUCGUCAAAGCCUGCCUCGGCUCCCACAGCACAGCGCUCGGGCCCCUCACAAAGCGCACAGGAAGCAACGGAAGAAAGGCAGCCGCGACAUCGCCACUACCAGUCGGGUCAAGAACACCGACCUCGUCGGCCGCCGCCUCAGCCUCAGCCGUGGCUGAAUUUCAGAGACGCAGGCACCGUGUCAAACCUCCCCGCAUCUUCGGUUUCCACUGUGGACGACGACUGCAGCGACGCCAACGUGUGCGUCACCAGCCCUGAGCUGCAGUUCUUCAUGGAGCGUAGUCAGCGCAAGCUUCGGGAGACGGAACGGGUACUGGCACAGGCGCCCACACCUUCACAUCUUGCCUCCUCCUCGCACCUUUGCCAAAGUCCCUCGCCGAUAUCCAUCGUCAACGCCUCGCACUUGCGCACACUUCGACACAGCACUGACAUGUCAUCCCAUGCACCAUCUUCCAGUGUUGAUGCACAACAAACCUUACUGCUCGCCAAAGAUGGCCCCGACCGGUCGUUGGACACCUCGCGCGCGCGGCAGCGGCAGCAGCGGCUUACGGAGCUGCACCGGCGCCUCAGCAGCUACGACACAGCCUCGAAUAACAUCAGCCCGAAGAACCCUCGUUCUCUCGCCGGAAAGGUCAGCCACGAGUCUUUGUCGGCGGCUUUAGUGACUGAGGUGCCACACGAAGACCAACAGUCCAGCUCCGUCAUAUUCCAGCCCCACUAUGCGCUCCCUGUCUCGCUUGCGAACUCGCCGCUGGUUCAGAUAUCCCCGACCUCGUCAGACGAGCAGAAGGACGAGCAUGACGAUGCAACGGCGACGGCGGCGGUGGCGGCGCCAAUGUAG